UAUAGAAUAGUUAUGCAUUUCGCAGCUAUUAUUCUACUAGUCCUUGCGGCUACUAAUUUUGGCCAAACGCAAAAUUCCUACUGUACUCUGAGCACAUGCCCACCCAAUACCAAUACUCUCUGCAAGUACUCGAGCACUUCUUGGGGAGCAGCGUGUCUACCCGCAUACCCAACUAAAUCGAACGUCACCACAGCCGAGAUCCCAAUCAUUUUGAAAGCACAUAAUGAUUAUCGUCGUCGAGUUGCCAAAGGCCUCGAGACCCGUGGUCUUCCAGGUCCUCAACCAGCGGCAUCCAACAUGAGAGAAUUGAUUUGGGAUGAUGAACUCGCCGUGAUGGCCCAAACCCACGCCCAGCAAUGUGUUUAUGGGCAUGACGCCUGCAGAAACGUCGCUCGUUUUCAGGUGGGCCAGAAUCUUUUUAUUUCCGGUUCCCCAGAAGACAACCUUGGCACAUCUAACUGGAAUCAAGCUGUUACAUCUUGGUAUAAUGAAGUUGACAACAUGGCGAUUGAGUUUGUUACCAGUUUUCCAUCAAACCCACCCAAAGUUAUUGGCCAUUACACUGCAGUGGUUUGGGCAACAACCACUUAUGUUGGCUGUGGAGUUGCUUACUACCAAUCAACUGCCGUUUGGCCAACAUUCCCUUACAACCGAUAUUAUGUUUGCAACUACGGCCCAUCUGGAAACUUCAUCGGUAUGCCCGUGUAUUCGCAAGGACCUGCUGGAUCUGCCUGUCCUUCUGGAACUGUAAACAACGAUGGUUUAUGUGCCCCUGCCCCCCCAAGUGGUUAAAUCCUUUGCAAUUCAAUAUGUUGCCAUACAUGCACUGAAAGUUGAAUUUUUCACUUACCUUUUAUUCUAGCCUGUGACACUCACGAGCCAAAGGCAAAUAUAAUACCAGAUUGCAUCUA